AAGUUCAGAGGAAGUGACGGGCAAAGAGAGCUUUAAGAGUUCAACGAGCAGACAAAACCCCUUUCAAGCGAAGAUGAUUUGUGUAUAGUUAUUCAGUGUUUCCAGAAAACUUUAAGUAAAGAUUGAAACUCGGCAGGAGCAGGAGGCGAUGAUCCAAGUCAUCUAAUCCGAGUUUUACUUCGUUGUCCACCGGUUUAUCUGUUUGAAUAAGUAAUUUACUCCGACGUUAUGUCCCAUUGUUGUGUUAAAUGAGUGUGUCUUGUAAUGUACGCGAGGUUGACUUCACCGGUGGCUUUAGUGCAGAUCGUCUUCGUGCUGUGUUUAUUUUCGGCGCGGGUUUGUUCGGGUCUGAAGGUGCUCGUUCGUCUGCAUGAUGGGAAGAUAACGGAGGAGAUUUUGGAGGCGGACAGUGAGAAAGACAUCAUAACACUGGAGUUCAAGCAGGGAGACGGGACUCUCGUCACAUUCCUGUCUGAUUUCAAGCGGCAUGUAAAGAUCUUUCGUGCAUUGGUCCUCGGGGAGCCAGAGAGGGGUCAGACACAGUAUCAAGCCCUGUGUUUCAUCUCCCAUUUGGAUCACGGAGAGCUCAUCCCCAGUGAAGCCAUGGCCAGACUCAGACAGAAAAACCCUCAUGUGGUGCGGAGUGCAGAAGAGAUACGAGGAGUGGAACGGCUCAGUAUGAACGCGGUGGUCAAUAUGAGUAUCUCCUGGCAUCUCAGUACUCAUAUACGUAAUGUCUGCAGGGAAGCACAGGACCUCGUGUACACACGACAACAAGAUGUCAAGCACUGGCUGGACAGAGGGGUCGAGGGUUCGAUAUUCAAGGUGCUUCCCCAGAGUCUGGACGUCACUGGUUUGCAGAGUUGUAACUCCACAGCAGACCCGUGGCAGCCGUGCGCCUGCAGUUACAGGAUACAUCUGGAGUGGUUCCCUUGCCAGCUUAAGUACUGCCGGGGUCAGGGGUCCAAUCCCUACAAGUGUGGCAUUAAAAGUUGCAGCAAAGGCUACCGGUUUGACUUCUACACGCCCCAUAAACAGCUGUGCCUUUGGGAUGAGGACUCUGUAAUGAAUCUGUAAUGAAAAAAAACACAUUUUUAUUUGUUUGUUUCAAAACGGUAUUUUGUAGGUACUUUAAAACAAAUGUGUGUAAUGUGUAUAGUAUGGAAAUUGUACUUAAUCACAGAUUUGUAAACACAAUGGUAUUGUGAAAAAAGAUCUUUUAUAAAAGGUUUUCCACAGAAUGACCCUCAGUAAUUUGUUACUUUGAGGAACAAUUUAUAAUAAGGAUAUUAAUCUCAAAUUUACACGCACUUCAAUAUUUUGAAAGCUACUUAACAUUUUUUCAACUGACUUACAGAAAUGCAACAUGACCCAUACGUUUCUGUGUUUGACAGAAAGCAUCAUAAUGAGAAUGAAUGGAUAUUUUGACGUGGGUUUUCAAGCUUUCACUUUUGGGCAAAUCUACAGUGGUAUCUCAGGGCAGAAAAUGGUGUUAUUGUGGUAAGUCGUAGGUUUAGUGCUACUUUAGGGCAGCUGUCUUGUAGUUCCUGCUUUGAUUCUAAAUAGUCUUUGAAGGGGUAGUUCACCCCAAAACGUUCACCUCACAAAAAUCAUUUCCUCACCCACAGGUUCAAAACCUGUAAAAUUUCUUUGUUCUGUUAAACACAAAGGAAGAUAUUUGGAAGAAUACCCCCAAUUUACUCCCAUAGUAUUUAUUUUUCCUACUAUGGCAAUACAUAGGAGAUGAGAUCUGUUUGGUUGCCUAUAUUCUUCCAAAUAUCUUCCUUUGUGUUCAGCAGAACAAAUGAAUUUAUACAGAUUUGGAACAACUUGAGGGUGAGUAAAUGAUGACAGAAUUUAUAUUUUGGUGUGUACUGUCCCUUUAAAUGAUCACUUUUUCUGUAAAAUCAUAUUUUGCCUUUUCAAAUCAUCCCUUAUGUUAAGGAUAAAAUUUGUUUUUGUAUUUUGAUAAAUGUAAAAAAUCCCAUUGUAAGGUUCUGUUGUUCACAAUACAAAUGUCUUUUAAAGUUGUAUUUACUGUAGCACCCUUAAAAACGUAUAAGCUGUUACUGCACAUUUUCAGAGUUAUUCAGGCUUUUAUUGCUGUUAUUGCAAGUUUUACUGUCUUGCCUCCAUUUUCAAACAAAUACAAAGAACCUUAUUGCUAAUUCUGCCUUGAACAGCUGUUUACAGUAUACACUUACACAAAAUAUUUACAUUUGAGAUUACAUAUACAGUUGUUUUAUGUUUGUUCAUGAGGCUUAGGACUGUGACAAAGACCUUAUAUGGCAGCUAAGACAGUGUCUCUGAACAUAUUGUGAUGUCUAUUUAUUGCAAAUGCAUUCAUUUGAUGCCACAUUUCUUAGUCUCAGCGAAGUUGCUCUCUAUAGCCAUGACUAAUUCUAAUUUACAUUUCAAUUGCAAUUGUUUCGGGUCUGUAAUAUACAAUAUGGGGUGCAUGAGGUCCUCCAGGAUUGUCUCAUGAACUAUUCAUUUCAUGGUUAAGGCUCUGACUAGGCCUACCCUUUUACUACUGUUUACUUGGCGGUACAUAACAUAUCUGAUUGUGUUACUAUUCUGAUAUAUCAUUUGCUAUUUUAUUUCUUUUCAUGGUCUUUAUUUUUUAGACCUUUUAUAUAAAAACUAAUUUUCACGUAGUAUGAAUACAUAUUUGUGAAAAGAUGAAAACAUAUUUGAGAGAAGUAUGUUGUUGUAACUUACACAGAUAUCGUUUACAUUCAGACAUUGGUGGUUUGAGCUUAAACGGAUAGUUCACCCAAAAAUGACAAAUCUGUCUUCAUUUACUCACUCCCAGAUCAUUCCAAACCUGUAAAAAAUUAUUCUGCUGAACACAAAGGUAGAUAGUUGGAAUAAUGUCAGUAACCAAAGAGAUCCCAUCCCCCAUUCUUCCAACUAUAGUAUUUAUUUUCGCUAUUAUGGCAGUUAAUGGGGGAUGAGAUAUGUUUGGUUACUGACAUUCUUCCAAAUAUCUUCCUUUGUGUUCAACCUAACAAAGAAAUAUAUACCGUUGAUGACAGAAUUUUGAUUUUUGGGUGAACUGUCCCUUUAAAUCUUUUAAACAUGCACUGCCAAAAUUAAACAACUACUGUCUGCUUUUUACAAGACAUUAUUUAUAAAAUAAAAGUUUU